GAUGGCGGAUUGAAUAAGAUCUCGAGGAUGCUAAUACGUUGUCAAUGUGUUUGUGUCGAUUACAUCGCCUUACUGGCCAUUUCAUGGUGGCACUCCCGCUACAUUUUUUCCGAUUGGCGCACAAGACGAAAUUGAUGUGAACGUGUCGUUACAUUGGAGGGAUUGCGUGCAAACAUUGUUUUAAAUUCGCACGGGAAAGUUGAGCAUCGCCUAAAAAUGAAAAGACAAGCCGAGCGAGACUCAAGUCCUGCAAGAGCAAUAUCAAAGAGAAUAAGGGAGAGAGAACGAGAAGAGAGCCGUAGAGAUGAUGGACCCACGUCGCUUGCUGUGUCGCUUGCAGAUACCAGAUGUUAUCAUAAGCAUCAGGCACGGAGCAGGAGCAGGGAGCGAGAGAAGCCACGGCUGCGUGAGGAGAGGAGUGCUGUCGGGGAUUUACUGCAUCGCGCUCAUCAUGAAAUUGGUUUGCUCGGUCGCCCACCUCUGCGAACUGCAUCUGUGAUAGGUAAAUCAUCCGCCGAAUUGUUAGGUGGCCGAACGACAGCCGGGCUAGAAUACAAAACAUUACUGAUUAGCAACCUCGGAUCACAGCUGUCUGACGAACAUGUGGAAGACGGCUUAUUUCACGAGUUUAAAAAGUUCGGAGAUGUCAGUGUGAAGCUGUCACAUACUCCGGAGCUGGGUCGUGUUGCUUAUGUGAACUUCAGACACACAGAGAACGCACGAGAGGCAAGGCACAUGAAAGCCAGGUUAAUAUUGUAUGAUCGCCCACUCAAAGUGGAGCCCAUGUAUAUGAGGCGACGCAGCUGCACGCCGCCUGAUGUCGGGUAUGUGCCCCUACAUAGUGUCUACCAGUACAGACAAAGGUCCCUUUCCCCAGGGGCUGGUGUUAGAGAUACAAGACCCCGACAUUACCCAGUUGAUGGAUUGGGCCUCAGCAGAGAGCGUGAGCGAGUCUUGGAUUACUACAAUGUGUUGGAUGAACGAGGACGUCCUUACACUUACCAAGUACCAGAUGAGGACUUAAAGCCAGAGGAUGACCAGCGUGCUACCAGAAACCUCUUCAUUGGUAAUUUGGAACACAGUGUGUCAGAGGUUGAGCUGAGACAAGGUUUUGAUAAAUAUGGCAUAAUAGAGGAGGUGGUGAUAAAGCGACCCGCGCGAGGCCAGGGAGGAGCCUAUGCCUUCCUCAAGUUCCAGAACCUAGACAUGGCACAUCGAGCUAAACUAGCAAUGCAAGGACGUGUCAUUGGAGGCAAUGCUGUGAAGAUUGGCUAUGGUAAGGCAAACCCUACAACACGUCUGUGGGUUGGGGGUCUUGGACCUAACAUUUCUCUUGCCGCAUUGGCACGCGAGUUUGACCGCUUUGGCAGCAUCCGCACCAUUGACUAUGUGAAAGGUGAUAACUUUGCCUAUGUUCAGUAUGAGAGCCUAGAUGCUGCACAGGCUGCCUGUACACAAAUGAGGGGUUUUCCUCUGGGUGGGCCCAGCCGGCGGCUCCGUGUGGACUUUGCCAAAGCUGAGGAUUCUCCCCGUGGAUACCCUCAGCAAUACCAACCAGGCCUGCCAGCUCAUUAUGAGCACCUGGCAGAUAACUACAGCCACCACCGAAGCCUAGAGCGGGAGCUGAGGGUACGAGGGCACUCUCCCACUCAUCCACUAUUUUCUGAACGAGAACGUCCCCUGGUGGCUGAGAAAGAUUGGAGUCCCCCCAAAAGCUCGGAGCGGCGGACGGCAGCAGUGGAGGUGUUUGGUCGCACUCGUGCACGCAGCAGAAGCCGUAGCAGGGAACGCUGGGUAAAGGACCGGGAUAUGGAGCGAGGAGGAGGAAAGAGCUGGGAAGAGAGACGCAAACGCCGUAGUCAAUCCAGUGAGAGGCCCUUCGAUGACCGGGAGCGUUCUAAAACCAGAGCAUCUGGCAGUGGCAGCCAGGUGUCACCAGAGGACAGCCCAGAACGAGCAUGCACACGACUUCCAGACUCCACUUCUGAGCCUAAGGAAGAGUCACCUGAAGCGGUGCUCCAUUCUCCAAACCAGCAAAUCAGCAAAGACAGCUAUGAGCCUUCAGCCACACACAAAAAACACCCCACACUGCUUGAACGAAAGCUAUGUGAUGGUGAGACUGAUGCUGACUCGCAGACAGAGAAGAACCAGAAACCUACAGGCACACUGUUUGAACUUGCACAGUCUCUUAGCCAGGUUUGGCAUGGAUCAUUGGUGUUGAAAAACAGUUGCUUUCCCACUUACAUGUACCUGCUGGAGGGGAGCUCUGUUUUUGCGCUAACCUUGCUGCGGGACCCUGCAGCUAACAAGCCCACCAGCACUGGCCAAUUGAAGAUCGCCCAGCGUCUGCGGUUGGACCAGCCCAAGCUGGAUGAGGUAAUGCGUCGCAUUCAUCUGGGUGGACCAGAGGGCUAUACUGUGCUGCUGGCCCUUCAAGCCCCUAUGGAGAGAGAGCUCCUCCCUACUGAACCUGGCCUACAGAAGCGACUGCUAAGAAACCUGGUGACAUACCUCAGAAACAAACAGGCAGCAGGCGUCAUCAGCCUGCCGUUGGGAGGGUCCAAAGAGGGAGAGGGUGGGGGCAUGUUGUAUGCUUUCCCACCAUGUGACUUUGCCCAGCAAUACCUGAAGAAUGCCAUCAGGAUUUCAGGCAAAGUGGAGGAGGAACACUUAGUCAUUGUGAUUGUGAAAGAUACUAUUUAACAAUAUUGUCUUAGUAUGUUUUUUUUUAGGUGAGGCAGAGGAGACAAAACCCUUCAGCCAUGAAAAAUCCAAAUAGACAGAAGAGUCCGUAUUCUUCAGAGAAACCUACAGCCUCGGUGUAAGGAUCUGCUUGUCCUACAGCUGCCCGUUUGAAUCGGUUGCAUUUUACAUGACUGACGGGUAUUUGCAGACUGUAGUGAAGAUGGUGAUUUGUCAUCUCACAUGUAUUUUGAAAAUAUGUUGUCUGUGAAACCUAAAGGCUGUUUGUUAAUUUUUACCUUUUUUUGUAAUUAGUGGUCCAGUACUUGAUCCAUCAAGUAAAAGUUGUAUUUUAUAAUGCAAGAGGGCAUUUUUGAGAGGUAUUUUUGACUGAUCCAGUUUUAAUGGAUGUCUGUCGGGAAGUGACUGACUGUGAAUGGUGUUUCUUCUGGAUCUAAUCAAUGUUGCUAUAUUGCUCUAUAUCACAGCCACACACCCUGUAUAACUUCACUGACUUCUUUUGAUUAUAUGUUUGUAUGUACUGAGCAAGGAACAGCCUUAUGGAACUGUCUGCUUUUGGGCCACAAGAAACUGUUGAAGUAAUCUUAAAGUAGACAGGCAAGGGAUUUUCUCUCAAAGGCCCUUAUCUACCUCUGCAAUAUUGUUGUAUCUUGCAGUUGUUUUAUUGGUGUGAUCAUUCUUCAAGGCAGGAAUGAGAAUUUUUACAUUGUUACAUUUAUUCCGGGGUCUUCUAGUGUCCAAUUGUACAAAUAUUCAGUGGCAAUAUUGAUCAUUACUGCCUCCACUGUAUCCUGCAAAUCUGGUCAAUCAGGAAGAAAAAGAAACAAACUUGUUUUUGUAGGUUUGAGCUCACUUAACCUGAAGUGUCUCUAAUUUCCACAGCUAUUAUCAAGAUUUAAUAAUUAUGAUGAUCUUUUAACCAUUUUUGAUUUCCUCAGGAAUAUAAUGUUAACUAAAAGUUUAACAUGUUGGAAACUACACUACGAUCCCAAGAGUGUGUAAUUCAGAAAACUAUUCUGGACGAAUUAUACCCCUCUAGUGUGUAAAAAGUUUUUGCUGUAGAAUUGACAUUGCUCACAUUCCUCUUUCAAUUGCACAAAAUGCUUAUUGAAACUUGUUCUUAUUAUUGUUGAACUCUACAAAGGGAAACUCUACAAACACUCCAUUCUAAUACAAAGCAUUCUGAUAUUUUAAGUCAUUAUAAACUAUGCUGUAUGCAAAAUGUCAAGUAAACACUAUGUCAUUGUGUUAAA